UUGUCUUGUCGUGGCGCAGUUUCUUCCAUUCAAGGUUACCAAUCUUUUUAGACGUAUUUUGCAAGAAAAACGCUGAAAACAACUUCCAAAAAGCAUUUUUGAUCAAAGAAUCUUAGGAUUAGUCUGUAUCCGAACGACAGAAAAAUGGCGUCGACAAAGACAGAAGCCCCUAAAGAUGAUAAGAAUGACAAGAAAAUGAGUCGAAUGGAUUGGAAAAAGCAGAAGGAGCUCGAGGAAGCAAGAAAAGCUGGAACAGCACCACCUGAAGUCGAUGAAAGUGGAAGGGAUAUCAAUCCUCACAUACCACAGUAUAUAAAAUCUGUUCCUUGGUACCUUGGUGAAGAUCGUCCAACACUAAAGCAUCAGAGGCCUCAAGCUGAGAAGCAGAAGAAAUUUGCAGGACUUGAUGAUGUUUAUAUCAGAGGCAAAACAGCAGGAAAAGCUGCUACAAAAUUCAGAAAAGGUGCUUGUGAAAACUGUGGUGCCAUGACACACAAGAAAAAAGAUUGUUUGGAGAGGCCAAGAAGGAUUGGUGCCAAGUUCACAGGCGAGGACAUUAAACCAGAUGAAAUUCUUCAACCUGAUUUAAAGUUUGAUUAUGAUGGCAAGAGAGAUCGAUGGGCUGGUUAUGAUGUUGAACAGCACACCAAAAUCUAUGAGGAAUAUGCUCAAAUUGAUGAGGCCAAAAGACAUUUAAAAGCUGCUCAACUUGAGGAAGAUCUCGCAGAAGGUAAAACUGAAGCUGUGAAAGAAAAAUUGGCAAAUGAUGACGACGAAGACGAAGAAAAAUAUGCAGAAGAAAUGUAUAUGCCAGGACAAAAGUUCGAUUCAAAAUUGCGAACUACCAUACGGAAUUUAAGGAUUCGAGAAGAUACAGCCAAAUAUCUGUACAACUUGGAUUUGAAUUCAGCGUAUUAUGACCCUAAAACACGAUCGAUGAGAGCGAACCCACUGUCAAACAACGACAAAGGAAAAGGGAUUAAUUUUUAUGGAGAUAAUUGGGUGCGUUCUCAAGGCGAUGUCUCUGACAUGGCGCGUUCUCAACUUUUUGCCUGGCAAGCAUACGAACGAGGUGCGGAUGUUCACUUGGAGGCUGACCCGACAAAACUAGCUUUACUUAGUAAAGAGUUUAAAGUGAAAAAAGAAGAGCACGAAAAAGGACAAAAGGAAAGCAUUGUAGAAAAGUACGGAGGAGAGGAACAUCUAAAUGCACCGCCGAAAGAACUAUUGUUGGCACAAACAGAAGAAUACGUGGAAUAUUCCAGAACAGGAAAAAUAGUUAAGGGGCAAGAAAAGGCUGUUUCCAAGUCGAAAUAUGAAGAGGAUGUUUUUAUCAACAACCACACGAGCGUCUGGGGUUCCUAUUGGCACGAUUUCCAGUGGGGAUAUGCUUGCUGCCAUUCGUUUGUGAAAAUGUCCUACUGUACUGGUGAAGCUGGCAAAGAGGCAAACAAAGGAAGUGUGUUUCCUUCUGGAAUGACAAAAUCCCGAGACGAGGAUGGAGAACAGAAAUCACUAACCCAGAUUCAUCGAGAAAAGCUACUUGAAGAUAAAAAGAAAAAGAAAUCAAAAGAAGUAGAAAAUAUUGAUGAAGAUGAUGAAGUAGAAAAGAAAAGAAAACUGAAAAAGGCAUUACAGGAAGAAGAAGAACGUUCAAAAAAGAUGGAGGAACUUUUAAACAAGGAUGAAAGGAAGAGACCGUAUAACUCUUUAAGAACCGAUUUCAAAGAACCAACAGAAGAAGAAAUGGAAGCUUAUAGGAUGAAGCGAAAAAGACCGGAGGACCCAAUGUCACAGUUCUUAUCUUCCUAACAAUCAUGUCUGUUGUCUCUGUUAUCAACGAAGGAGGAAAAGUAAGACCAACUUUGUAGAUAAAGAAUUUAAUUAAAAUCUUCCAAUACACUUUGAAACUGAUAUGGGUGUCGAGCGUAAAGCUGUAUUUAUGCAGAGCUAGCGAAAAGCUGUACUUGUGCAAAGCUGUUUGAUAGUUGAGAACCGCCUUGAGAAAUACCUUGGUAAUCUUCACAAUGAUUCUAUGUUAACUGUACCAGUAAAAACCUCUUGCACUACAACUGUACAGUAUACCAAUUUGUAAAGUUGUUGUUUUUUCCACAAAGUUUGAUGAAUUUUUGCGUAAUAUUUCAAAGUAUUUAAAAUCUGAUAUACAGUGUUUUAAUAGUUCCUUGAAA